GUCCCUUUGAUGCACACCUACGUAGCUGUCCAUGGACAGUCCACUCGUCGAGGCACUCACAUUCGUCACACACAUGGACGCCUCCCACCGGGAGACAGACACCAACAAGAAAAACAGUGAAGACAAGAAUCAUGCACUCUCCUGAUGAUCAAGAGAGGCCGCUGAUCGCAUAACGCACAGCGGCAAGCGGCAAGCGGCAACACACACUAAUGACGCACCCAUGCAUUCCACGGACACCUCUUCUCGUGACUUGAGCAAAACGCGAGAAGAGCAGUCCCAUAGAGAGAUCAAUCCAUGUACACUUCCACCCAACUCACAUCCACCUAUUCACUCGACCGGCGCGCCCCUGGCGGCCUCGGCCGUCUUGACCCGGGGUGCAGCCAGGGAGAAACAGUCGGUCGUAGACGGCCCCACCCCCCCGAAGCACCACGCCGCUGCGCUUGGCCUCCUUGACCCGAUUGAGUUUCCGUCGUCAAGGGGUCGUGGCCGUCGAAGCAGCCGGUGGUCCACUGCUUGACGAGCGUGUGGCUGUCGGCCCUCUCGAGCAGCAGUGGUAUGUUCGAUGAGGGCGAACGAGAGAGGGGUCGGUGAGUGAGUGAGUGGCCGGUGAGGGAGGCUCGAUGCACAGCUAUGAGUGGCCAGCAAAGCACCGGUCACCAAAUUCGCCUUCGCCCGGCAAGUGAAUGCGCUUCCGCCAUAGCUCAUCGGGCACCAAAUCAGAUCAUGAACACGGCCACUCCCUGCCAGACAGCACAAGGACACAUACGCGAGAAAUGAGCACAUGCAUCCAUGCGCGCCAGAUCCAAUCCGGUUCUGCACCUGAAUGAAGGGAUGGCACCUGUCUGUUACGUCGCCGACGUCGGCUCUUGUGCUGUACUGAGGUGACAGAUCUGCAAGCACAGCGAUGUUCCAGGCAAAUCCAUGCUUGCUUUCCCUGCCUCUUUCACUGUCAUGCCACCCUCCACCAACCCGCCUGUCUCAUCGGGGUUGAGCGCACCAUCUUGCUGUGUUCUGCAGCACCACUGCACACGAUAGCUCGUCCGAAUCCCUUAAAGUGGUCCACUGAGAUGUUGAGCGGCAAACUCCAAACCGACAGGGCACUCAGAGGACGACCCAUCCCCGGUGCUUGAAUCUUCUUCUGACCGACGGACUGGGGCUGGGAUCCUGGUCGACGGCAGCAACACACACUCGACAGGACGGCAGAUGCUGGGAAGGACACACGCACCCGUCGAAGGCAGAGCCGUCGACGGCGCUGCCUUGCUGCUGCAGGCCAAGUCGAGCACAUGAAUAAUGACAGAUCUCGGUGCCAUAGCUGCUGUUGACGGUAUCGGGCGAAUGGCAUCGAUAUCGUCGAGGGCCGGGGAGGCUGACCGGGGCGAGAGGGGCGAGAGGAGGACAUGCUGAGAUCUCAU